AUGGAUGGUUUGAAAGAACUCGAUAAACUCGAUGCAGUUCGAAAGCAGAUUCCACGCCCGGAAAAGUUAGCAAGAGACAGAGAAGAAGACGAUGUGGAGCUAGAUAGAGAACCCGUAUUCACUGCGACUGGAGAAAAGAUUGAAGUAGAAAAAAAGGAAAAGAAAGAAGAGGAAAGUGAUGAUAGUAAGAAGAAAGCACCAUUCAGAAGAGUUCAGUUAAAAUUACAAAAGAAGCGAGAAACAGAAAGAGAUGUUGAUACUGAACCGGCAGUGGAAUCAGCGAAUCCAUUUGAAGAGAUCGCCACUAGAUCCCCACCCAAAGACUGGAUGAGUAUGAGACAGUUGAGAAAUCGAAAUAGGAAGAACAAGAAGAAAAGAAGAUACAGAAAGAAUGGAUUCCUUACAAGAGACGAUAUCAUCAAAAGUAACAAAGUUAACAAUCCAUCUGUGAAUGUCGUGGAUCGAACAAUGGAAAAAGCUGAAUUCGAUGAGAAACUGAGAAACCAUGCUCAGGACACAUGGGAGCGAGAAAACAAAGCAGCCGAAAAAAUUAGAGAAGAUAUGAAAAGUGGUCGAAAAGAAGAAAAAGAAGAAGAGCACAUAAGUCCAGCAAUGCAACUGCUUGCCAAGGAAAAUUCAGACCUAGAUCGUCGGAUUGCAAUUGAGCAAACAAUGUCUAGAAAAGUAGAUAGACUACCCAAUAAUCCUUACAAACAUGUGGAUCUUGGGAAGCCAACCGUACUUACAUUACCUCUUCCCCCGUUCGAAACGCUUAAAGAAGAGAGCCAAUAG